CAUCACCGAUGAGACGAAUCCGAAGAACAUUCGCCCAAACUUUCAGAACUCAAAUUCAACGUGAGAUUUGGGUUAACCUUUGACGCUACUGCUGAUUGCCAACACAACCCAAUUGGAAAAAUGGUAGAAAAGAGAUGAAAUGAUUUCCAAGCUCCUCAUUGGAUGCUCCUUUUCUUGGUUCGAUUACGAGUUACGACUUCAAAUUCCAUACUGAUUCAACGAAAUUGAAGAUAGAUAAUGCUAAAAUCUGUUCAUCUGUUCGGUUGCUCAUCUGGGUUCGUUUCAAAUCUUCUGAAACCCAAUAGCAUUGUUGGAUUCAGUCUUACUUUCAUCUCUUCCAAACGGUUGUCAGCGUCUUCUUCAUUAUGUUGUUCUUCUUUAAGAUUGUCAUGUCCUAGCACCGCUCCGCUUUUCUUGGCUCCUCGAACUGGUUCUUUCAAAGCAUUUUGUGGGUCUACAUGUUCCGAGGCAAAUCAAGACGGCACUUCUUCGUCUCCCUUGUCUAUGUCAGAAUCGCCGCCGCCAUCAUCUUCAACUGUAGUUCACUCUUCUUCUCUUAUGCAGGAGAAGAUUCGUAAUAUACGGUUCUGUCAGUGGUGUGGAGGCCAAACAAAGCAUGGCAUACCUGAUGGAGAGGAGAAAUUGAGAGCUAUUUGCACAGUUUGUGGAAAGAUAACGUAUCAGAAUCCGAAGAUGGUCGUGGGCUGUUUAAUUCAUCAUGACGACAAGGUCCUACUUUGCAGGAGGAAGAUCGAGCCAUCUUAUGGCCUUUGGACUCUUCCAGCUGGUUACUUGGAAAUUGGGGAGUCAGCUGCCGAUGGUGCAAUUAGGGAAACCUUGGAAGAAGCAAAUGCUGAAGUGGAAAUUACAUCCCCUUUUGCUCAGUUAGACAUCCCUCUAAUUGGCCAAACAUAUAUAAUUUUCAUGGGAAAGUUGAAGAAACCCCAUUUCUCUCCUGGUCCCGAAUCCCUUGAAUGCUGCCUUUUUCCUCUUGACGAUAUACCUUUUGAUUCUCUUGCAUUUUCAUCCAUGCUGGUUACGUUAAGACUGUAUGUUGAGGAUGUCAAGGCAGGAAGAAUCAUAUUCCAUUAUGGCACCAUCAAUAAAAGGCCUGGCACAGGUGCUUCAGAUAUUCAUGCCUAUACUCUUGAUUAUCAUCUAAGAUCGUGACAGGUUAAGGGAGCUCAAAGGGUAGGACUUGAACUUUUGGGGGAGACUAGGUCCCAACCCAUAUGAUUCCUUCCAAACUUGAGGGCACACUCAGUAGAAAUAUGGUUCACUUACAUUCAAGUGGAGACAAGACAACUGCAAUUUUUUGAAGUUCAUAGCAAUUUUAUUCAACCUUGAAUUCUGUAAUGUGAUAAAGAGGAACAUUGAUAUGUCUGAAUAUGUGAUUUCAAUCCCUGAGCUUGUACAAUUUUUGCAUUGUCUAUCAUCUACAUUUGUUCAGUUGUCAAUUGUUGAAAACAUAAAAAGAAAUAUGCAGGAUCAUUGUCUUUUAAGAAUA